GCAAACUUCUCACCAUGGCUCCCUUACUUCUUCAAUAUGCUCUUGGGGCAAGCGUUUGGCUGUCGCAAAUUCAUUUCUCUACUGCUCUUGAUGCCCAAAUUUAUGAGAGAGAUGUCGCUCUCACUCCACCAGCUGCACUUCCUGGUUCCUGGUCAUAUCAAGGAUGUUAUACCGAAGUCGGGCGUACUCUAAACGGAGCGAGCUACAGCAACGACACCACAAUGACAGAUGAAUCAUGUAUCAGUUUCUGCAGCGCCAAAGGAUUUCUGUAUGCCGGAACUGAAUACGCAUCUCAAUGUUUCUGCGACUCCACGAUUGCCCCAGGAGCUCUUGCUGUCAAUGCAACAGAUUGUAGCAUGGCAUGUACCGGUAACGCCACAGAGUCGUGUGGUGGUCCAAACAGGUUGAGUCUGUUCUGGAGUGGACAGACUGGACCAGUCACGGAUCCGGGCCCUCCCAAUUGGGCUUACGUGGGGUGCUAUACGGAGGGCAUUACAGGCCGACUUCUCGGAGUCGGCGUUUCUGUUCCAGGCGGUGCCUCGAACAUGACCGUGGCAGGCUGCACUUCAGCCUGCCAAGCAGCAGGCUACAUCCUUGCAGGUUGCGAAUACGGCGGCGAAUGUUGGUGCGAAAACACCUUCACCAAUGGUGGAACUAUUGCUCCCACAACCCCGGACGGUCUCAGUGGCUGCAGUAGCUUGUGCAAUGGCAAUUUCUCCGAGUACUGUGGAGGCGCCAGUCGACUGAACGUGUACAACUUCAACAAAACCAUCGCAACAGUUACCUCCUCCGCAACGGCCUCUCCAACCCAGACCCCUGCCAUCAAGCCAACUGUGGGACCGUACACGUACUUUGGAUGCCAGACGGAAGGGAAUGGGACGAGAGCACUUGCUGCGGCGGCUACUGCGAGUGAUACGAUGACGCUCGAGGCUUGCGAGAGCUUUUGUGGGAAUUACGCUUAUUGGGGCACCGAGUAUGGCAGAGAAUGUUACUGUGGAAACAGCUUCGGGCAAGGUUCUGUGGCAGCACCGAAUUCUGAUUGCUCUAUGCUUUGUCCGGGCGAUGUGACUGAGUACUGCGGAGCUGGGAAUCGCCUCUCGGUUUAUUUCAAAUAGGACACUAAUAAGGCUUCGGGUGAGGCUUUCACGGCACGAAUCAGCACAGGGACCGGGCAGGAUAUAAUAAUGAGAAUUUAAUCUUGUAAUAUAAUUAGAACGGUUCGCAAUCU